AACAGCUGGAAUUGUGUUAAAGGGAGGAAGAAGAAGAAAGAAGACUUAGCUUACACACCAUCUCAUCUCAUCUCAUCUCAUCAUCUAAACCGAUUCCCACUUUUUUUAUUGUUUUUCUUUUUUGGUUAUUCUCUCAGUUUCACAUAACACAGCGUUUGGAAAGCGUUUCUCCGGAAGGUCUUUGUCGCUGGUAACAGAAUAGCACAAAGUAACGGCUUUCGGAGUGGAGCGCUUGAUUUGGUUUGGUGGGUCAACUUCAAGUUUCGAUUUUGUUCAUUUUUCUCUGCUCGCUUGAGUUGCAGACUCAGUGAGGGCUGCUUUGUGGGAAGGUUAUGGCUUUUUGCCCAAUUUUUUGUUGCGGAAAUGGUUCGGAUCGCAAAGGACGAGGGAAGAAACAACCUCCAUGGAGAGUGUUUUCUUUGAAGGAAUUACACUCUGCUACAAAUAAUUUCAACUAUGAUAACAAGCUUGGCGAAGGAGGAUUCGGCAGUGUUUACUGGGGCCAGCUUUGGGAUGGAUCACAAAUUGCAGUGAAAAGAUUGAAAGUAUGGAGCAACAAAGCAGACAUGGAAUUUGCUGUUGAAGUUGAGAUAUUGGCUAGAGUACGACACAAGAAUCUUCUCAGUCUACGUGGCUAUUGUGCUGAAGGUCAAGAACGGUUAAUUGUGUAUGAUUAUAUGCCUAAUUUGAGCCUGCUCUCUCAUCUUCAUGGACAGCACUCAGCAGAAUGCCUUCUUGAUUGGAACCGGCGGAUGAAUAUUGCAAUUGGGUCUGCUGAGGGAAUUGCAUAUCUUCACCACCAGUCAACACCACACAUCAUCCACAGAGAUAUCAAGGCAAGCAAUGUGUUGUUGGAUUCGGAUUUUCAGGCCCGGGUAGCUGAUUUUGGUUUUGCAAAGUUGAUCCCUGAUGGGGCAACACAUGUGACUACAAGAGUUAAGGGCACACUAGGUUACCUUGCACCAGAAUAUGCUAUGUUAGGUAAAGCAAAUGAGAGUUGUGAUGUCUACAGUUUCGGAAUUCUCCUUUUAGAACUUGCUAGUGGCAAAAAACCACUUGAAAAACUUAGUUCUACAGUGAAGCGAUCAAUAAAUGAUUGGGCACUGCCACUGGCUUGUGAGAAGAAAUUCAGUGAACUAGCAGAUCCAAAACUUGAGGGUAACUAUGUGGAGGAAGAGCUUAAAAAAGUUGUUUUAAUUGCUCUGGUAUGUGCUCAGAGUCAACCAGAGAAGAGACCUACCAUACUUGAGGUGGUAGAGUUACUGAAGGGAGUAUCCAAAGAAAAGUUAGCUCAGCUGGAAAAUAAUGAACUCUUUAAAAGCCCUCCAGCUGUAGGACAUACUGAAGAUGGGACCCUUGCUGCUGAAGGCAGCUCAGAUUUCAUCUCAGAAGAGAAGGAAUCAAAACCUGAGUUGGAAGAGAAUACUGAGCCAUGAACUGUGCAAGAGAGAUUGAACUAUGGAUUUGAUGUUAAAUACAGAUUGUGACUCUGCAGGAUUGCCUUUUUGUAUUAUGAUGUUUAUUAAUAUUACUUGUGCAGUGUAUUAGAGAGGCGACUGCAUGUGUCUCCUUCCCAUAAUAUGAAUGUGGAUAUGAACCAUGCAGAAUUGCUGAAAGUCUGGAACUAGGAAUUUGAUGUUAAAUACACAGAUUGUGAAGUUUCCAAAAAUUUCAACUUUUUUAAUUGUUUGGAAACACUUUUUUAGAGGGUGUUAUUUAUUAAACGUGGAUGCUGUGCAGAGCCGUUGUCUAGGCUGUACGGUCCUAAAUUGUGUCCCAUCCCUAAAAAUCAAACUCGAUGUGAUAAAGCACAUAUUACGGCCAUGUUAGAAUAUAUUGAGAUCCUUAGUUUGUAUGGAGCCAUAUAAUAUAAAUUAUUAAA